AUGCCGAUGCUGGCGCAGCCGCUGGAGGUGCCGCUGGAGGUGGUGAGGGGGCUCCAGGAGUUGGAGAUUGAAUUCGAGAUGGUGGUUAGGAAGAAGGAGCAGUUGGAUCUGGUGCUGGAAAGAGCGAGGUAUUGGGUUUUUCCCUUGGCGGGGACCGAGGCGGUGUUGAGGCCGGAGAAGGGAGGGAAGCUGGUGGAGGAGUUUGAGUGGGAGGGACCGGCGACUUUGACUCAUGACAAUAUGCCGAUUUUAAAGCAGACGGGGCAGAUGGGGAGAACGGACGGCAAGAAGAGGACGUAUCAUGUGGCGGUUAUGCGGUGGGCGAGAGUCUCGCCUGGAAGCCAGGAGAGGAGUCUGGCUUUGUGA